AUGGAUGUGUUGAAGCUGGGUUAUGAACUGGACCAGCUCUCUGAUCUGGUCGAAGAAAGAACAAGGCUAGUGUCGGUGUUGAAGCUCGCCCCGACCUCAAACGAUAACGUUACUUUGAAACGGCAAUUGGGCUCAAUAUUGGAGUUAUUGCAGAAGUGUGCGCCCAAUGAUGAACUAAUAUCCCGAUACAAUACCAUACUGGACAAAAUUCCUGAUACGGCGGUUGACAAGGAGUUGUAUAGGUUCCAACAGCAGGUGGCAAGAAAUACUGAUGAGGUGUCCAAAGAGUCUUUGAAAAAAGUGCGGUUCAAGAAUGAUGACGAGCUUACGGUCAUGUAUAAGGAUGACGAUGAACAAGACGAGGAGUCGCCGCUGCCUUCGACGCAUACUCCAUACAAGGAUGAACCAUUGCAAUCGCAGUUACAGUCACAGUCACAGCCACAGCCACCACAACCCAUGGUUUCCAACCAAGAACUAUUUAUUAACCAGCAACAGCAGUUGUUAGAGCAAGAUUCCCACUUGGGCGCACUGUCUCAGUCUAUUGGGAGGACUCAUGACAUUUCGCUGGACCUUAAUAAUGAGAUCGUUUCUCAGAACGACUCGCUGCUGGUUGAUUUAGAAAACCUGAUUGAUAAUAAUGGUAGGAAUUUGAACAGGGCCUCUCGGUCCAUGCAUGGCUUUAACAAUUCUAGGUUCAAGGAUAACGGCAACUGCGUGAUUAUUCUUGUGCUGAUAGUGGUGCUCCUGUUGCUUCUAUUAGUAUUAUAA